ACAAGGCUAAAGCUAGAAGCUUUCCUCUGCCGCCUGGGUCCCUUAAAAGCAGCAGAGCAAGCCCCGAGGAUCCCGGUGGAGCGCAGCCGGGAUGCGAGGCUGACGGGGAUGGGGAAGGGGGCACUGGCGUGAGCCCUGCGGAGAGCACAGCACAGAAGGCUGGUGCUCUCCAGAGAAGUGUGCCAGUGUCCUAUGAAUCCUAAACCAGGUGUUCAUUGAUGCAGAUCUUCCAGAGAAAUAGGAAACCAAACCCAAAAAGAAAUCACUGAGGGGGAAAAAGUGCAACAUGAGAGGUAAAAUGAAAUACUGGCCUUUUGAGAAUAGCUGCUGGGAACUGUGACAAACCAAGAGACCAGAGGAUUACUACACAGAUCCUGCAGAUUCUUAUCUGAGGCAUCAGCUCAGCCUUCCAGCAAGUGUGUAUGCUGAGCUGUGUGUUCAGCAGGCAAGGAUGGAAGUGCUACGCCGUUCCUCAGUCUUUGCUGCAGAGGUGAUGGAGGUUUUUGACAGGUCUCCCACUGACAAGGAGCUUGUAUCCCAAGCCAAGGCUCUCUGCAGAGACUACAUAAAUUCAAGGCUAAUCCGAGCGGGUGUCAGCUGGAGCAAACCUGAGUACAAUGCACCAGUGCCGGGUGGUAAACUGGCUGAGGUGUCCACCAUACUGCUGCGACUUGGGGAUGAGCUGGAAUACAUUCGCCCCAACGUCUACCGGAAUAUUGCCCGCCAAUUGAACAUCUCGCUGCACUCAGAAACAGUGGUGACGGACGCCUUCCUGGCAGUAGCUGCACAGAUUUUCACUGCAGGUAUAACGUGGGGCAAGGUUGUAUCUCUCUAUGCUGUGGCAGCUGGGCUGGCAGUGGACUGCGUGCGGCAUGCACAGCCAGCCAUGGUUCACACCAUCGUAGACUGCCUGGGAGAGUUUGUCCGCAAGACCUUGGUGACAUGGCUGAAAAGGAGAGGAGGCUGGGCAGACAUCACAAAAUGCGUGGUGAAUACUGACCCCAGCCUUCGUUCCCACUGGCUCGUGGCCGCUGUUUGCAGUUUUGGUCACUUCCUCAAGGCCAUCUUCUUCGUCCUGCUGCCUGAGAGAUGAAUCUGAGUCACCAAGUACAGCCCCCCUACCCUGUCUCCUCCCCCGCUCCAGAAGCAGUGGUAAUGGCAACCUCUGAAGAGGAGGAAGAGAAGAACUGGGACAAACAAAAAGGCUUGUUCUCUCCCUUCAGCUGGGAGCAGAGGAUCAACCACAGUCUCCUUUUUGCAGCCACAGGAGCCUCUCUCACCAUUAAUCCUUUCAAGAGUCUUGUUUCCCUUGGUGACUUGUGUGUGGGGGCUGGACAUUGCCUGUCCCUGGGCACGCUGAUCGCAGCUGUGUGAAGCGUGGUCUGUUCCUUACAGCUAUGUUGCAUGAUUAUGCUAGUGCCAGGCAGAGGGGAGGAGGAAGGGGAUAUUAUUUGAAAUGGGAUAGAAAAUAGGAGAGGGGGAAAGUCCCUCCUUUGCUCCAUGUGGUUCCUCUUUCAGUCCUCAGACUUGCCUUGCAUCGAUUCUUGUUGUUACAUUUGUGCUUAAACUCCAUCUCCUCAUUUAUACCUAACUCUGACUUUCUGGGCUCUGCCCACAGCACAGCACGGUGGACGGGAUAAUGGAGCUGUGGGGUUUUAGCGUGAUAAAAACAAACAUACUGCGGUCUGGUGCUUCUCCCUGACUUAUCUUGGAAAUCAGAGUGGGUGGCUGUGUGAGGGGCAGGACUAGAGGACAGUUGCACGUGAUGCAGUUUCCUAGUGUAUUUCAUCGACCCCUCUUACCGAGUUCACACGCCAUUUCAGACAGGAGAGCGAGGGGCAACACAUUCAAGCAACAACUUGGGACUGAAUUUCUUAAUGAAAAAUGUUUUCUCCACUGAGGUUUUGUCAGAGCUAUGUAUGUAAGUAAGAAGGAUGGGGGGCAUGGGCAGGAAUUAGGGAAACAAUAAGUAAGUGAACUGUCUGGUGUUGUGAAGGGGGAAAGCUGUGUCAAAAGUAACUGAUUUAUGUUUCUCCUUUAAUGUCUUCGGAAGUACAACUUGGAGUCUUCUUUGUGGCAAACAAUAAAAGAAAAUAGGUGGUGUUUCACUAUUGCAAAGGGUAUUGAUUUUUCUCCAGAGUUAAAAAUUCCAAAAAAGGCCAGAACAGUACAGGGACGAACACUCAGGCCGUGCUAAAAAUACUUCAGCUUUUUCCCCUGGUAGAACAUGUUAAAGUGUUAAAACUACAACUGCUCCAGUCCAUGCUAGGAAUUUAACCCAUGUUGUUACCAUGUCAGAAAUGUGCUGUUUUCACUGACAGAAGCGGGGCCUCUCUGCCAGUGGCAGGGGAAGGCUGCGGAGCCUCUUCUCUGCCAAAGCCUCGCGGGAGGCACCCUGCUCGGUGCCUUGCUCCCAAGAGUGUGGCAUUGCAGAAAAACACUGUUCUGGAUUAAGAACAUGUGGCACUAUAGGAGUAUUUACUGGUUUGGGUUUUUUUUUUUCCCCCUCCUGAUUUCCCUUCCACACUGUGGUUGUGAGGCACUUUACUGUUUCUGUCCAGAAGUUACUUGUCGGUUAUAUCUGUGCAGCAGGUUUCUGCUAGCAGCUAGUAGUGCUGUGCUCUGACCAACUGGCAGAGGAUAUGUGGGUGGUUAUACCCUUGCAUGGUCCUGCUUUUGGUUGGUCUAGCCUUUUGCACUUCUGCUGAUGUCUUGACUUAUGGGUACCGGGCCCGGCUUUACCGGUAGUACUACACCCGCAGUGAAAGGUGCUUUACCAGCUCAGUCUACUAGCACUUUUUCAGUAGUAAAGUAAUUGUUGUGGAGCAAAACCCUUAAAAGACAACCUCCCCCUGUCCCCAGCCCCCCAACAAAAACACUCACCAAGAAGGAGAAAGCCUCCCAUUCCGUAUUGAAGCUGUGCAGCCUUUAACAAUGUCUAGGUGGACUUUGGCUACGCUAUUAAAAGUUGGUGAGGUGUUAUGCUGACAAAGUUCCCCGUGUGGAUGCAGCUAAUGGUGCCCUCAGGCUGGUGCAGUUUUGUGUGUGUAAAGCUUGCAGCAGUUUCCCAAAUAAAACUAAAUUGCCACAAGAAUAUUUUAUUUUUUGUUCUUCCUGACAUAAUUAUAUCAGCAUUAGGGGUUUUGCUGGCACCUCUGUGCUUGGUAUUUUCUUCCUUAGAUUCCUGAUAGAUCUGGCUAUGGAAAUUUAGACAAGUUAUAGCAUAUGUGGUGAGCUAAUCUAAUCAUGCUAAACUAAUCAAGCACAGAGAAGAUCCUCUCUGAUCUGCACUAGAUGCAGUAAAAGCCCUAUAGUUCAUUGCAGGGGAUGCAGCUUUGUUGUCUUAAAGGAGGUUAGGAAAAAGUAGACUUCAUAUUUCUGGAAAUACCCUGGUUGUGUGCAGGCUUUGACUUGGACGGUUUUGCAGCUCAUAAAGUCCAGCUUGCCUUAUCAUGCCUAGUGUUUUAUGAAGUGUAUGUGAGUUAAUGGAGCUAGCACAGUCGAAUACUGGGACUGUCAAGACCUUUCUCAAUUUAGAUGCUGUUUUGAAAUGUAAUACUUAAGGCUAUGACUGUUUUUUCAGUAAACAAGUGGUAUCAGAUGGACUGUUAAGGAACAUGAAGAGUUAAAUGCACCAAUUAAGUGAGUUUAACAAAAAGAUAAUAAUAAGCCAAAUAAAGCAGCAUUGCUGGAAAGGAAUGUGCGUGGGUGGGGAGGGGGUUACACAGGCAGGCAGACAAAGACUCAGUCUGGAAAUGGCUGAGGUGGUGGAGCUCCCCACGAAUAGGUUUCAGACUUCUCUGGCUUUCAUCUUUCUUGUUGCAUUUGCUAGUCCCUGCAACAUCUGUACUGGAGCUGAACACUGUGCUGCUCCUCUUGCACUUGGUGUUAAGCCAGAAUGAUACUUUCACCCUUCUCACUCCUGCACUAACCACAUUGGCAACAGUCUUGCUACCAAAAUGAACAGCAAACAGCGUUGUGUGCACUGCUGUGCAUUUUGCAAGCAACAGUUUCAAGCCUGAUUCAGCCAAGUUUUUAGGUUGAGUACAGUUUCAGUUGUAGUAUUUAGGCAUUUCAGAGUACUUCCAGAGGUCCUUUGCAAUCUCAACAGUUCUGUCGCUCUGUGAUUUUUCUUUUCCCUCUUCUCUUUUGGCCAGUCCUGCCUGAUGGGAGACAUCAGGGUUUGUUGUUUAUCACCCUAGUAAACAUUUUCCUUUUAUA